UGUACCUUAUCGACAGCAGAAAUUUAUGUUUCAUCCGUAACAUAGUUUGCCCAGUGUCACAGUGUUUAUUUGGAGUUAUUUAUAGCAAUUUUCUAGUAGCAAUUCAAAGCAUUUAUUUUGUAGCAAUUUUCUAGUAAUGGACAACGAGUAUCAACUUGUGAGCAAGAGUAAGCUGAAGCUGAAAAAUGAAUCAGACUCGAAGAAAAAGCAUAAAAAGAAAAACAAGAAAAAGGACAAGGAAAAAGUAAUUAGGGCCGUGUUGGAAAAUCCAGGUGGUUUGGAUGAGCAGCAAAAACCACAAGGUAGUUCAAGCAAAGGAAGGGUGCUGACGAAAGCAGAAGAAUCAUUUAAGAAAAUGCAGGAGAAAAUGCAACAUAAGCGCAUCGUUGAGAAGGCACAAAUGACUCACAAACAGCGAGUGGAACAGUUUAACCAACAUCUCGAUAGUUUGACUGAACAUUUCGACAUACCUAAAGUUUCUUGGACUAAAUAGAUUUCUUUCUCAAUGGCUCAAAAUCGUGACAUUUUUAUUGGUAGCAGUGAACUCAUUCAUAGUAUAUCUCAGCUUGAAUGUUCUUCUGCUGCAUAUGUUUGGAAGUUUCGUGAAAGGCCAGAAAAUUUUAUUUAUUCGAAACUGCAUUGAAACUAAUCUUAUAGAUUACAUACGAAUUGCACAUCGUUUGAUUUAGAUUUUAAAUUAUAGAAUAUACACGAGAAAAAAAAUUAUGUAGUGUUUUUUACCUGAAUACCUUGUUUAUGAAUUUCAAUAAACUUUUUCGA